UUACGAAUGCGGUUAUAAAGUUGGAGCAAACGUGUCGGACUGAACUGAAUGAUGGUAACACAGCGGGAUUGAUAAAUAACAAGUUACGCUGUUCGUUGACAAAUCACUGCCCAGUGGCUGGCUAUAUUGGAUAGUGCAAAUAAUCAAUUUUAUGCUCCUAAGCUCCUUAACGAGAGUUGAAGCCUUCCGUUGUCUGCGGUGAAAACAUUCAUCGAAGGAAAAUGCCCUCCUUCGGGACAAUAUUUCGAGAACUUUAUGGCCGCUACAACGCCUCAAACAAUGACUCCGUAGCGUGUCUGUCAAGUAUUCCUGACAAUCGAUUUCAUUUAUGGCUGCUUCUACCAUCAAGUCUUAUGAUCGUCCUCCUGGCAUUCUCGUUCCGGCGGAAAAAGUUGUGUCUGUCAUUGCUUGGAGGUCGACCUGCUGCGAUCUUUCCCAUGGAUAUCUUGGGCAAGUCCAACCGGAUGUCCUACGCGGCCGCCUGGGGCGCCAUCGCCUUCUUGACAGCGGAAAUGGUGUUUGGCGAAUUUGUCAUCGUAGACCUCAAAGGACCCAGAUAUAUAACCAUCUGGAACAAGGUCCUGGCCAUGUUGGUGAUAGGGGUGGGCUACUUUCCCAUGUUUGCAGCCCUCGCACUGGACUCUUUGAUCAGCCUUUCGGUGGCGGCUAUUUACUCCUUGCUCUUUCUUAUAAUAACGCUUUUGAAGAUUUUUGAGUGUGAUAUCGUUGCUGAAGGUCGUGGUUUGCUUGCCCUUCGAUCCGUACCGAGCAUUUCGUGCCUAGGAUACCUCUCCAUUAGCAUCCCAACGCGCAUAUUCAGAGAAUGGCGAAAAAAGUCAACAAGGGUUUUCUCAUCGUCAGAAAUGGUUUUCAUUUUAAAUAUGGAGAAAGAUGUCGAUAAAUCGGCCGAGGCGGAACAUGUUCGAAAUCUUCUUCGUGCCCCCAAACCUCAAGAGGAACCACCCACCGAUACUAAACAAAAGAUCUGGGCUGCAAUUACGAGCAUUACGAAUACCGUUUUCUACCACAACAAAAACAAAUUUCGGUACUCCACAAGAAUCCUUACUGUGUCUGUGAUGGGACUAAUAUUACUAUACAAGGUCACUCUGGAAGGAUGUCUUCAAGUGGUGUACGUAUUCCGCUAUAUCGACAAGGAAUUGUUCAUCAUGCUUGAAUCAGUUGAAAGGGAACCGAGUCUUUUAGAGGGACAGCGCAUGACUAUUAACCUUGACUCGAUUGAGUUUGUACAAGCCUUAGCCAAGAAUUUACGAAUUUGCUUAUUGGUUGCAAUGGUAUGUUCGCUGGUUGCCGGUAUUAUUACCAUCCUGCACAUGUUGACAUCUUACAGAGCAAACCUACUUGCUUUGUACAAGGGAGACAACACUCAUAUCCCGCACCGAUCAACCAUGGCAAACAACUCCUUGCUAAUUGGUAGCAUGAAAUAUGCAGGCUACCAAGUGGCGUAUAUUGGAUGGGGAUUCGUUCUACAGUUUUUCAUCCUGUCUAUGGUGUGUGUUGCUCUGUGCCUGCUCAUCACCUCGCUAAUGUGGGGAAUAACCGAUUGGCUGAUUUGGUUGCUGGAAACCGUGUGGCCUGGGUUAAUAGUGUCCAUCAUUGUAAUGGUGUUCCAGAAAGUGUCAGCAAAGAUGUUCUUCUUGCAAGCGGGUGGUGAAUACCUAGCAAUAGACAACAGACGCGCGCUAUUUAGCUUUUCGUUCUUCAUGUUCUUCUAUAACAUCUUCAUCGGGUUCUUCUCGUGCCUUCUGCGGAUCAUUAAGUCAGUCGUUAUCGGUGCCAUCUUUCUGCCUCGUCUCGACAACAGUGCGCUCCCCAGUAGGUUCCAAAUGAUGGAUCCAGGAUUUUCCGCGUACGUCGGAUUUAUCAACGUGGAAAGCUCUCACACACAUCCCGUGGUCGUGUUGUUCCUGCGUAUCCUCCUGGCAGCUCGCAAGAAGCAAACCGAGAGAGGCUUCUUUGCGAAACCCGAAAGGACUCGCACAUUUAUACGCGCUCGAAUGCGUUGGCAUACGGCUUACUCGAUACUGAACAAUCUAACGCUGAGAGUAUCAAGGAAACAUUACUUAAAACGCGUAAAAGAGAUGCAAGAACGCCUAGCGGAGUUGUACCACCUUGACAACGCAGCGGCUGGUGCGCUCGCUAACGAGAUCAACAGAACCGGUGUCGACAUGAAGGACGUGGAAGACGUCAUGAUUCCAGGAACGGUCCUUAACCGAGCAGCGACUCUGGAAAGAGAUUUGACGCAAAACAGGUUCCUGUACAGUGUCAAGAAGAACCUGGAACGGCAACGGACUGCUUUCCAACGUCACAAGGAUGGGGGCCUGAGCGGCAGUACCAGGGUCAAUGUCGGUAUGAUGAGAAACAUGUGGGAACGUUGGAUAUUUACGACUGCAGGCAAUAAACAGUAACGAUGACACAAAAGUUACAAUACAGAAAAUGGAUAUUUUUGCAUUUUCUACGACACGAAUACAAAUCGAAGUCUACAUUUAUUAACAUUAUUUAAAACUUGCAUUGAUAUAACGAACUUCCUGGAACGUUUGAUAUUGUAAAUAUAAUUGUAUUGUAUGUGUUUCUCUCGCUCUGUUUUAUCAAAAGUACAGAACAUAAUGUAUAUUUUCGACUGACGCGUAUUCAACUCUUCGUCAACGAGUAACGUUUUCGAUUAAAUAUUUUCCGAUCUGCAUAUUUUGACUUGAACCAGAUUACAUUGUUCGUCAAGUAGACUGUUUGUGUUAGAAACUUUCAAUGUUGAUCAUUUAUUUUGU